AAUCACAACAGGAGAGAAGUUAGAUCCUUGUGUCAUUUCCGUUUCAGAAAAGCUCCGGUGAGAAACUCCGCAGUACCUAAUCUUGUCUCUUACCAAUCAACCGGUAAAUUAAUACCAAAACGUUAGGUAUGCUGUAAUCAGAAGUGAUUAAUGUGUAAAGCUCUCUUCAAUGGGAAGAUUUUUAGUGAUUUUUGUAUGCUGUUUCUUAUUCUUCAUCUUAACCAACUCCACCACACCGGCUAUCAAUCCAAGACACUCCAUAAGAGAUGGUGAGACUCUACUUUCAGAUGGCGGAAGCUUCGAAUUAGGAUUUUUCAGUCCUGCAAAUUCGACAAACCGAUACUUGGGUUUAUGGUUUACGAAGUCUCCUCAGACGGUUUUUUGGGUAGCGAAUAGAGAAAAUCCACUUCCCAAUAGUUUGGGAGUCCUGAAUAUCACAAGCGAAGGGAUACUUAUCAUAUACAGUAGCACGAAAGAUAUUGUUUGGUCAUCGAAUUUGUCAAGAACUGCAGAGAAUCCAGUCGCAGAGCUCUUGGAGUCAGGAAAUCUUGUUGUAAGAGAAGAAAAUGAUAGCAAACCUGCCAACUUUCUGUGGCAGAGUUUUGACUAUCCUAGUGACACCUUGCUGCCAGGAAUGAAACUGGGAAUCAACUUCGUAACUCAGCUUGAAAGCUUUCUGUCAUCCUGGAAGAGCUCAGAAGAUCCUGCUCGAGGUGAAUUUUCUUUCCUUCUAGAUCCUAACGGGUAUCCGCAGCUUGUCUUGAAGAAGGGGAAUAAAACACAAGUUAGAAUUGGGUCAUGGAAUGGCUUACGUUUUGCUGCAGAAAUAAUUACGAAACCUGAUUCAAUUUCAACAGAUGAAUUUGUGCUCAACGAGAAGGAGGGAUAUUUCGUUUUUGGGAUCACAAGCUUAGGUUUUCCGAGGCUUACACUAGCUCCAUGGGGCAUUCCACAGCGCUCAAUAUGGAAUGAUCGAACACAUCAAUGGCAGUAUGUUGAAAUUGCCCAGCAUGAUAUAUGUGAAAACUAUUCUAUUUGCGGUCCAAAUGCAUACUGCCAGUUCAAUAAUUCUCCUAUAUGCGCAUGCCUGGAUGGAUUCAUGCCUAAGUCUCCACGAGAUUGGAAGUUGCCAAAUUGGUCAGGUGGGUGUGUUCGAAGGACUCCUUGCAGUGACAAAGAUCGCUUUCAAAAUUAUUCACGGAUGAAAUUGCCUGACACAUCUUCUUCCUGGUAUAAUAAAAGCACUGGUCUCGGGGAAUGUAAGGGAAUAUGUUUGAAGAACUGCUCCUGCACUGCAUAUGCAAAUUUAGAUAUCAGAGGAGGUGGAAGUGGCUGCCUGAUUUGGUUUGGUAGCCUCAUUGAUACAAGAAGGUCAAAUGGGGAUGGACAAGACCUUUAUGUCAGGAUUGCGGUUUCAGAAUUAGAAAAUGUUGAGAGAAAAAAACCUGUCGAUAAGAAGAAGCGAGCAGUAAUAAUUGCUAGCUCUGUCGUAUUGGUUCUAGGUUUGCUGAUACUAGUUGUCUCCUACACAAGGAAAACAUAUCUCAGAAAAAAUGACAACAGCGAAGAGAGGGAACAAGACAUGGAGUUACCUAUAUAUGAUUUGAACACGAUAGCACGUGCCACUAAUAAUUUCUCUAGCAUGAACAAGCUGGGAGAAGGCGGUUUUGGACCAGUAUUCAAGGGUACAUUGGUAGAUGGACAAGAAAUAGCAGUGAAAAGGCUCUCCAAAAGUUCUGGGCAAGGAAUGGACGAGUUCAAGAAUGAAGUUGUGUUAAUUGCUAAACUUCAGCACCGCAACCUUGUGAAGCUUCUCGGUUUUUGCAUCCAUAAAGAUGAAAAAAUGUUAAUCUAUGAAUACAUGCCAAACAAGAGCUUGGACUCCUUUAUUUUUGAUUUAACCAGAAAGAAAUUACUGAAUUGGACAAGGCGUGUCCACAUCGUUGGAGGAAUAGCCCGAGGGCUUGUUUAUCUUCACCAAGACUCUAGACUGAGGAUCAUUCAUAGAGACAUUAAAGCCAGCAACAUUUUACUGGAUAAUGAGCUAAACCCAAAAAUUUCAGAUUUUGGCCUUGCUCGAAUGUUUGGUGGAGAUCAAGUGGAGGCCAAUACUAAUAGGGUAGUUGGGACAUAUGGAUAUAUGUCUCCCGAGUACGCAUUAGAUGGACACUUCUCUGUGAAAUCGGAUGUCUUCAGUUUCGGUGUCCUAGUUCUGGAGAUCGUGAGUGGAAAGAAAAACAGGGGAUUUUGUCACCCAGACCAGAACCUUAACCUUCUUGGACAUGCAUGGAUUCUUUGGACCAAAGGAACACCAUUGGACCUGAUUGAUGAAGGUUUGAGUGAUUCGCGCAAUCUAGCUGAAGUUUUAAGUUGCAUUCAUGUGGCUUUAUUAUGUGUGCAACAGCGACUAGAAGAUAGACCAACCAUGUCGACUGUGGUUGUAAUGUUAGGCAGCGAGAAUCCAUUGCCUCAGCCUAAGCAGCCUGGUUUUUUUAUGGAAAAGAAUGCAUCUGAAAAGGACAGUUCAUCAAACAAGCAUGAAGCUCAUUCAUCAAAUGAGGCUAGUCUGACAUUAUUAGAGGCACGGUAGCCUAUCGUCGAUUGACAAUGGAGUUGAAGCUGGAAAAUUUCAUGCUUUCAGAUAUGCAGUGACAUCUGUUCCUGCUUUCUACCGUCACACCAUUCCAUGACAGAGUGAUUGGAGCUAAAUGAUUUCAAUAUUCGUCCUUCAUGUCUAUAGUUGUUUUGUUUGACAAGUCUUCCUGUAUUGCAAAGAGGAUUGCACAUUUGUUUUUUCGUCUUUUUUUUUUCAGUUCAUGCUUUGUCUAGUUAACUGCAUGUUAUCAGGUCAUUAUCAUAUAGGAUAACAGAAACCUUGUUGUUGUU